AUGUUCAUCGCUCACGCUUCGGCCGAACAGGGCGUGUCGGGCGGUGGACCGUAUGCGCUUGCAUGCGCGGCAUCAAUGCCUGACGAAAAGCUCAAAUGCGUAUCCAUUGUAUGUGGCAUCGGCCCGCCAGAUAUCGGCAUGACCGGAGCGGGCUGGUUCCACUGGGUCGGAUUCACAUACGGUUGGCGGUAUGCACCUCGCCUUGCCGGGUGGUUUUUCCACCGGCAAGGCCGCUUUCAUCUGUCGGAUGAAAAGAGGCUUGCACUGCAACUAGAGGAAGCGGAGAAGAACAAGGCUACUUUCCCGAAGCAAGAGCUCGGGAUCUGGGCCGACAGUGAGAUCGUGGGACGCAUGGUCAAAACGAGUCGACAGUACUACGCUCAGGGGAUCGAUGGCGUGAGUCAUGACGGCCACCUGGUUGGUACGGAGUUUGGUUUCGACAUAGAAGAUAUUCGUUCUGAUUUGCCGGUGCAGCUGUGGUAUGGGAAAGACGAUACAUUUGUUCCUCUGAACCAUGGGAAACAAAUCGCCAAACGGCUAGGGAAUAGUGCCCAUCUUAGGGUCGAGGACGAUACACAUGCGAGCAUCUUCUUCAAAUGGAGGAAAGAAAUUCUGGCGGACCUAGUAAGAUGUAUGUAG